CGGGAUGGCGCAGGCGCGCUCAGACUCCGGCUGCCGGAGCGUCAACAAGGCGCUGGAAGGGAUGAGGGGGCGGUCGGGGUCGAGCGAGGCCCGGAGCCGCUGAGGGCCGAGCCCGCGCCCCCAAGCUCCCUGCCGGCCGGGGGGGUCCCGCCGCCCAGGGAGGCGCCAUGAACCUGGCCAGUCAGAGCGGGGAGGCCGGCUCCGGCCAGCUGCUCUUCGCCAACUUCAACCAGGACAACACGUCCCUAGCUGUUGGCAGUAAGUCAGGUUACAAAUUCUUCUCCCUUUCUUCUGUGGACAAACUGGAACAGAUCUAUGAAUGUACUGACACAGAAGAUGUGUGCAUCGUGGAGAGGCUGUUCUCCAGUAGCUUGGUGGCCAUAGUUAGCCUUAAAGCCCCACGCAAGCUGAAAGUUUGCCACUUUAAGAAGGGGACAGAGAUUUGCAACUACAGCUAUUCCAAUACAAUCCUGGCUGUCAAACUAAAUAGACAGAGGCUGAUAGUAUGCCUAGAAGAGUCUCUAUACAUACAUAACAUACGAGACAUGAAGGUGCUGCAUACAAUCAGGGAGACGCCCCCCAACCCUGCUGGCUUGUGCGCCUUGUCAAUAAACAAUGAUAACUGCUAUCUGGCCUAUCCAGGAAGUGCGACCAUCGGAGAGGUGCAAGUCUUUGACACCAUCAAUCUGAGAGCUGCUAACAUGAUCCCAGCUCAUGAUAGUCCCUUGGCUGCAUUGGCCUUUGAUGCAAAUGGCACUAAACUUGCCACGGCAUCGGAAAAGGGGACAGUGAUCCGAGUAUUUUCCAUUCCAGAGGGACAGAAACUCUUUGAAUUCCGAAGGGGAGUGAAGAGGUGUGUAAGCAUCUGCUCGUUGGCCUUCAGCAUGGAUGGCAUGUUCCUCUCUGCAUCCAGUAACACAGAGACAGUGCACAUCUUCAAACUCGAGACUGUGAAAGAAAAACCUCAGGAAGAGCCCACUACCUGGACAGGUUACUUCGGAAAAGUGCUGAUGGCCUCCACAAGCUAUCUGCCCUCUCAAGUCACAGAAAUGUUUAACCAGGGCAGAGCCUUUGCUACAGUUCGCCUGCCAUUCUGUGGACACAAAAACAUCUGUACUCUUGCCACAAUCCAGAAGAUUCCCCGUUUACUGGUGGGAGCUUCUGAUGGGUACCUCUAUAUGUACAACCUGGACCCACAGGAAGGAGGAGAGUGCACACUAAUGAAACAGCACAAGCUAGAUGGCAGUAUGGAGCCAGCCAAUGAAAUUUUAGAGUCUGCGUCACAUGACCGGCCACUAGUAGCACAAACCUAUAGUGCUGCUGUGACAAAAGGUACUUAUGUGCCUUCAUCACCCACAAGACAUGCCUAUACAGAGGAUCUGGGUGCAGUGGGUGGAGCUUGCCUGGAAGAUGAAACCAAUGCGCUGCGAUUGGACGAAGACAGUGAGCAUCCUCCCAUGAUUCUUCGGACUGACUGAACUUUUGACCUGUGAACUCACUCCUAAAGCUGAGAACACUGGCCUGAUGUUUCUUGAGGAAUCUCGUGUUAUGCUGCUAUGAACUUUGGCAUGAAUUGGGAGAGAGGAUGACAGACUCCAAAAACAGUUUUAAACGUUGUAGCUGUAGUCCUAAUUCUAUACCAUUGGAAAAAUAUAUGGUUUCAAUUCAGUGGCUUUUAAUCUUGCUUAUCGAUUUUAGCUGUGUGUGGUUUUGCUUUUGUUUUUGGGCGGGGUUUGUUUUGUUUUUGUUUUGUUGCCAAAACCUGCUCUUUGUGCAGUCCUCAACCUACUAGCUUUGCAUGCAUUCAUGUGCCAAGCAAGCAUUGGCGAGAGAAGCCACUUUAUAACAAACUAAAGUUUGUAUUUUUUUAUAUAUGUAUAUAAUACUUAGCAUAUAUAAGGAAGGAGUGGAAAAGUGUUUCUGGAUGCUGAGGCUGGUUCUGCACUGACAAAGGUCCAAAUGGUUUCCUGUGCAUUGGCUUGCAGGCAUGCCUCAUGACUGACAUGCAACCUUUAAGAUGCAAUAUCCUGUUUCUUGGGUUUCCCCCUCCCCUUCCCUGAACCAUUUGGUUAAUUAAAAUUCCUUCUGAAUGUUG